AUGUCAAGCACCGCAACGCUACCGGAGCCAUCAGCGCACUCAACAUACACCACACCCCCUGUCCUCGCCUCCACGACCAGCAUUCCUGCUGCCACCAAGACUCGAGAGGCCACAAACAUCGGCAUCAUACUCGGCGUCGUCGUCGUCGUAAUCCUCGCCGUCAUAGCCAUCUCCUUUUGGGUCUUCGAUAUCCGACGAAGGUAUCUAAGGUGGCGCAAUAACGGCAAAGGUGGCCAAUUACAGGUAUCCCAACAGGAGGCUAGACUGGGAAGAAGACGGUUAUGGCAGGGGGUGAUGGGUAGAAGAGAAAAUAGAAGAAAACGAGAUGAGGAGAGGACACCUGGACUUUGGGACAGAUUCAGGAUUGAGCGGAUGGAAAGGGAAGGUAGGAUGAGAUUGGAGACGUCGAAUGACAUCCGCCCCGCGCCAGAGACGUUCUCCGACCCACCAAGGAGUCUUGACAUGCGCGAGAGACCCAGGUAUAUUGGAGAUGGGACAGCAGGUCGAGAUACCGAGAUGCUGAAAGGGCGAGCCAGGCCCUUGACGGAUUUAGAGGGGCCCUACAUCCCUCCUGCGCGCGAUCAGAGGGCAAGUGUAGUGUCUUCGUCAGCGGGUAGUUCGGGUGUGCCGUCGCUGUCUGUUGCUGUCGUUGCGAGGUCCUUUUUGGAUGCGAGGGAUGGUAACGGGAGAUGA